UCAAGUCUGCAUGUGCACUGUCAUGAAGAUGUUUUCAUUCAUUGAAGUUUAAUAUCCAACUUGAUUGCAUUAUUCGCUAUAUUAUAUAAGGAUCUACCGUUUAUACUACAUUGUAAGUAUUUGAUGUGAAGAAUUACUUUACGCUACUGUUUAUAAAGGCCUUAAUUUAGGCUGAUCGUUGCACGUGGUCCUGGAAUCGGUGUCUAUCCCACGCUGGGAUGGACAUGGUGUGGAUAAAAUGACAAUAAAAGUCCUUAUUUUGGGGCAUUCCUUUAUUCGCAGACUUGAGAACUUUGUAACAGAUAAUUCUGACCAUCGGGUGACACCGAAUUUAAAUCUUAAUUCGGAGGAGGUACAGAUUUUUUAUUCAGGAUACGGAGGAGCGUCACUGGCUCAGAUUCGCGCGCAAGGUACAUAUUACGUUAGAGACUUGCGUCCAGAUGUGGUUUUGUUACAAGCCGUAUCAAACGACCUGUGUAGGAGAAACACAUCAGUGAAUGAUAUUUACCGUGAGCUGGUAGACUUUGUAAUUUAUCUACGUUAUGAGGAAAAUGUGAAGAAAGUGGUGGUGCUACAGACAUUGCAUAGAAUUCCCCCGACAAGGCGUAUCCGGUUUCACGUGGACACAGCAUGGUUUAACACGAGGGUGGAUGAACUAAAUAGACGAGUGUCCAAUUACUUGAAGAAUGUAGACUCAGCAACAUUCUUUCGCCUGUCUGGUUUCUGGUGUCCUAAUAAUCAACGGGCAGUAUUUUUGGCUGAUGGGGUCCUUUUGAAUUAUCAAGGAAAUAAGAAAUAUUAUAAUAAUGUGAGGGCUGUAAUUGUUUCAAUGAUAAAGUCUAUCAAUAAUGAUGAAUGAACCAGCUGGAGCGAGGCGACCAGCCAGGGCCAGAAGGCUAAGACGACAAGUACCAGCCGCGGCAGGUUCAGCCGAUCAGGC